CCCUGGUGAAAAACACGACAGUCAUUUGUACUCGGGGCUUCUUUGUAUGAAGACUAAUCCCUCAAAGAGGAGUUCUGACUAUGGUUGACAAACUAUUACUCCCCGAUUCACAUUACGUUGCAUUCAGUCUCAAAUGUCUUACAUUUUGUGGCUUAUGGAAUCCAUACAGUGAUUAUCGAAAAUGGCUCUACAAUACUUAUACAAUCGUGGUAAUUUUGCUAAUGCCAUUGACAAGAAUUAAUGGCUAUAUUAUGGCAGCUCGGAGCUUACACCAUAACUUCCUACAACAGACACUGAUGUUGUUUAUGGUAUCGGUGUUUAUUGUUGGUUUCCUUAAACAUAUGAAUCUUCUGUGGCAUCGAUCAGAUAUUAAAUUCAUUGCUGCUGUACUCACUUGGGAGAGAUCUACGGUCUCCUCAACUGGAGUUGCGCUUUACAGGAACAAAGUUGUAACGAAAACCAUGAAAAUAACCAGGAGCAUCACUGUGAUAUGGCUGUGGCUUGUGAUUUUGGAUCUACCGUUGUUUUAUCGUGACAAUCUGCAGGAAGAUCAUAGAUCAAUCGAUGAUUUACCAAUAAGCUUUACACCAUUGCGAAAGUUGUUGGAGCACGUCGAUUUUUUUGUUGUGUUAGCAAUUGAUUACUUAACAUUAGUAAUGUUUUGUUGGUCAGUUAUUUCUAAUGACUGCCUGUUCCUGACUCUCAUGCUGCACAUCGAAACACAAUUAAAAAUUCUCAACUUCCGUCUCGAGACAGGUACAACUGCUGAUCAACCGAUUAUCAAUUUCGAAACCUCCGAGAAAAAUACGAGUGCUCCACAUUCUGUUCCAAAUCAGCAACUCAUCAUUUGUAUUCGGCAUUAUCAGAACAUUUUUCGAAUGAUGCGGGUAAUGAAAAGAGUGUACGCAUCAAUUCUAUUGCCGCAGUUAUUAUCAAGUAUAACUCUGCUAACUGUCGUCGGAAUUCACGUAUUCGUGACGAAAACAGUAAAUCUCAACGAUCCAACAUCUUCAAUAGUUGUUAUUUUGACUCUGUCCAGCGCUAUGAUUCAAUUGGGAAUCUACUGUUUAGGUGGCAACAGUAUUAUUGUAGAAAGUAAUCUUACGAGUGUAGCCGCAUAUCAUUGUCAAUGGUAUAUAGAAGAUGCCGGAUUUAAAACGAAUUUGAUAAUUUUUUUAUCAAUGGUUAAAGAGCCACUUUCUAUCAGAGCAGCUGGGGUCUUCGAAGUUUCAUUUGUUACAUUGAAAAGUGUACUAGCAAAGUCUUACUCCGCAAUGGCGGUUUUACAGAGAGCCGCUGUAUGAAACACACUGUGAAAUACAUAUACUGGACUGAGUACAUUGCACAGUAUAUCUUGACAUUCAAAUUUUGAGGAGACAAUUUAGUUAUAUUUUUAUUGUUGGAAUGAUGAUGAUAACGCAUGAUUUCUUCAUUGAGGACCGAAGUUAAUUGACUUUUGUUGAUGGAAGAAGACCCCACGCCCAGCAAUGUAAUAUAGACUCUUAGCUGAAUUACAUAUUGAUUGUAGUUA